AUGGAUUCAUUAUCAACGUCUCCGAUUUCUAAUGAAAUCGCAAUUACAGAUGAAACAGCAAUUACGUCUGACACGUCAACAUUAGAAGAUAUUGCAGAAAAAGUUCAUGUGGUUGCUGAUAAACAAGCGAAAGAGCGAAAUUUAACUGCAUCGGUAAUUCUCGAUCGUUUACCACCAAUUGAUAUUUGUGUAUUUGGGCGAUCUGGUAUCGCUCAAAUUGAUCAUGUUACACAAAGUUUAACCAGGGCAACAACGACUAUAGGUACAUUACAAUUCCGCUUUUGGGAUACGAAAGGAUUUGAUCGUUGGCUUGACAUCGAUUUCGUACAUAAUUUAUUUAAUGAAAUGAAAGAACAAGACAUUAACCCUAUUUUUAUUAUAUACUGUGCCGCUGCUGGAGGUCGUGUGGAUAGUGAUAUUGUAGCUGGUAUUUUAAAGAACUUUCAAGAAAAGGCUAUACCAAUUUGCUAUGUAAUUACAAAUAUAUAUGGCGCAAGUACCGAGCAACUUCAAGGGCAAAUAGAUGGAGGACGCUAUAUUAUGGAUGCGAUUUUUGGCCCAGUUUCAGUGUCAACUGGGAAAUUAUGUUAUCACUAUGGACAACCUCCUGAUAGCAGUGAUAAUGGAUCACUAAAUAAGCAUGGAAUUCUCAUCGGUGUUAACUCUCUCGAGUUUUCUAAUAUCAUGGGAACUAUGCCAAUAUUAAAUAUACAUGAAUUAAUGGAUUUUCUUGCGAAUAAUUUGAAUGAUGAAGAUUUCUGCAAAUUUGUAGCACUCACAAUGAGUAAUCGAGACUUUUGGGAUCGAGUAUCUGAUGCGGUCCGUUCGCGUGUUCAAAAGGCAUCAGAUACAAUGAGCAAAUGGAAAUUGAAAACUAUUUCCUUUUUCAAACGGUUAUUCGGAUUGAAAAAUUUUUCAUAA